UGAUUCCUCAGCUCAGUCCUGCAGAGCUCACGGAGGGAAAACAAGUCCGACUAACUAAUGUCGAGCUUUUUACUAACAAAGACAACUUUCUAUCGUGCGGCUUUGGACGCUUUUAUGAAGAGAAAACUGCUGCUGAGUUUCUUUACGGAUUUCUUUACAUGCGCUGCAGCUCGAGGAGAAGAAAUGACUUUGUGUGAUUCUUCUCUCGGUCUUUAUGAGUCUCAAAUUCAGCUCAGAGACUCCGAGUUUGGAUCUGUGGCAUUUUAAAGUGUUUGUCCGUGAAACAGAGAGGAUUUCACUCACCGGCUUGUACUUAGAGAGGACUGGAGUAUGAAUAAACCCCGAAAUCCGACAUUUUCCUGUGGAGUUGUGGAAAGUGCUGUGGAAUAUUAAUAAAGGAAUGCAGCAGUAAAGAGCCCCUUACAAGUUUUUUAUGCUGAACACACACCAGCAGCCUCAAGCAGCAGGACUUACCUUCUUUAUUUAUUUUCUUUGGCUUCAGUAAACAGUUGGAAAGCCUCUGCUAGUUUGUGGAAACUACUUUUUCCCUGCCUCUGGGGGUUGUCUGAUACAUCAUGGCGGUGGGGAGAACCUGGCGGUGGGUUUGGGUUUGUGCUCUGGCCGCUGUGCUGUUCCAGCCAUGCUCCAGUCAGUAUGAGAAGGGGAUUUCCAUCCCAGAGCAUGGCUUCUGCCAGCCCAUCUCCAUCCCCCUCUGCACCGAUAUCGCCUACAACCAGACCAUCAUGCCCAACCUGCUGGGCCACACCAACCAGGAGGAUGCUGGGCUGGAGGUCCACCAGUUUUACCCAUUAGUCAAAGUUCAGUGCUCCAUGGACCUGAAGUUCUUCCUGUGCUCGAUGUAUGCUCCAGUCUGCACAGUUCUGGAGCAGGCCAUCCCGCCCUGCAGGUCUCUGUGUGAGCGGGCUCGGCAGGGCUGUGAGGCACUCAUGAAUAAAUUUGGCUUCCAGUGGCCAGAGAGACUUCGAUGCGAGAACUUCCCUGUCCACGGCGCCGGAGAGAUCUGCGUGGGUCAGAACACAACAGACACCGACGGCCCCACCUCAGAUCCGACCCCGAACAUCCCUAAGUUUGUGACUUUGCCGCCACAUGUCCGGACCAACCAGCCCUUCUCCUGCCCCCUGCAGCUCCAGGUGCCCACCUACCUCAAUUACCAUUUCCUGGGGGUUAAGGACUGUGGCGCACCCUGCGAGGCCUCCAAGCCCAACGGACUGAUGUAUUUUCGUGAGGAGGAGUUGAAGUUUGGCCGGCUCUGGGUUGGGAUCUGGUCCAUUCUGUGCUGUGUGAGCACACUCUUCACCGUACUCACCUACCUGGUGGACAUGCGAAGGUUUCGCUACCCAGAGAGGCCAAUCAUCUUCCUGUCCGGCUGCUACUUCAUGGUGGCGGUGGCAUACGCCGCCGGCUUUCUGCUGGAGGAUAAAGUGGUGUGUAUCGACAAGUUCAAGGACGAUGGAUAUAAGAUGGUGGCUCAGGGAACCAAGAAAGAAGGCUGCACCAUCCUGUUCAUGAUCCUGUACUUCUUUGGCAUGGCGAGCUCCAUCUGGUGGGUGAUCCUGUCGCUCACCUGGUUCCUGUCUGCGGGGAUGAAGUGGGGUCACGAGGCCAUUGAAGCCAACUCUCAGUAUUUCCACCUGGCAGCGUGGGCAGUGCCGGCGGUAAAGACCAUCACCAUCCUGGCCAUGGGGCAGGUGGACGGGGAUCUGCUGACCGGUGUGUGUUACGUCGGAAUCUACAAUGUGGACGCCCUGCGCGGCUUCGUCCUGGCACCGCUUUUUGUCUACCUCUUCAUCGGUACUUCCUUCCUGCUGGCGGGCUUUGUGUCACUCUUCCGCAUCCGCACUGUCAUGAAGCAAGAUGGCACCAAGACGGAGAAGCUGGAGAAGCUGAUGGUGCGGAUUGGUGUGUUCAGCGUGCUGUACACGGUGCCUGCCACCAUCGUCAUUGCCUGCUACUUCUAUGAGCAGGCCUUUCGGCCGCAGUGGGAGCGAACAUGGCACAUGCAGACAUGCAAGCGCUUUGCCGUGCCGUGCCCGGCAGGAAACUUUGCGCCGAUGACACCGGACUUCACCGUGCUCAUGAUCAAGUACCUAAUGACCAUGAUCGUGGGCAUCACGUCUGGCUUCUGGAUCUGGUCGGAGAAGACGCUGCAGUCGUGGUGCAGGUUUUAUAAAAGACUGAGCAACAACAACCAGGGAGAGACGACAGUGUAGAGCUCAGAGGAUGCGACUCAGUUCAGCUUCAUGUAUUUACUCGGACAUGUUGAGGAAGUUUGACUCUUGGACAUAAAAACAGACAGUAGUUUUGUGGCUCAAUGAGCUUCUAACUGAGCCUUUUGUUCUCUGAGAGGACGGAUGGAAAUGUGAAGCCUCUUUUCAAACCCUCUCAGAGAAGAACAGCAAGAACAUGCACACUUCAGAUGUGCUGUUAUAAAGACUAUUUUUAUAUCUUCUAACUGCCGUCACAUUGAUGUCUGUCUGAUUCCGCCCCAAAUGAAAUGUCCACUUGUUUCUCUUUAAUUGUUCAUAUUUGUACAUUAACUGAAACAUUAUGAGCCUCUGAGAAAUUCAGGUAAAACUUUACUUUACGGGUCUGUAAUUUCUCAAGUAGUGAAGAUGUUGUUUGGUGCUGAUGCAGGAAAAAGUGACAAAGUUCAGUGUUUAUUUUAUUUUUAUUUAACCAGGAAGUCUCUUUAGAUGCAAUAUCUCUUUACAAAGGAGAGCAGGCCAACAUGGCAGCAUAAAAACAUGGUCACAUAAAAACAUACAAUUAGUAAUAGGGCUCCCAAUAACGAUUAUUUUCUUCAUGAACUCAUUACCUGUUCAGUCCAUAAAAUGUCCAUCAGUUUCUUGUAAUUCAAGGUAAUGUCCUGAAAUGUCUUGUUUUGUCCUAAACCCAAAAAUAUUCAGUUUUCAAUCAUAAAGGACUAAAAAACAUAAAAUAUUCACACAUAAGGGGUGAGAACCAGUGGAUGUUUUGGCACUUUUUCAUAAAAAAAUACUUCCAAUAACAAAUAAAGAAUGAAUUAAAAUUAAUUUGGGUUUAAAUGACACUGUUUUUUCCUGCAAUUACUACUAAAA